UUUGGAAGUGCAAACCAAUGGUGUGAUCUUGUUUCACCUAAGUGAUGGCUUGUCAGGAGUUUAUUGUUUUAUAUACACAUCAGAAGACUAAAAAAUCCAAAGUGUGGCAAGAUGGAAUUUUGAAGUCUACUGUUGGGGGAAAUAAGGCAACCUUAUUUGAUGACAAAGGACAGAUUUUGGAUAGUAUUUUUGUGAAAUUUCAGGUAAAACCUGGAGAUGACUUGGAAUCUGAGCGAUAUUUAAUCACAGUUGAAGCUGAAAAAGCUUCUGAAACUGGAUGUAAAGAUCAGCCAAAGAAGAAGGAAGAGCCAAUGUUAACAAGAAAUCAUUUGAAGUCUUUUGCCUCUUCAUUCCUACACCUGCCAGUUGGCUUAAAGCGAAAAUACACUGGUUUUCAAGGACCACGUGGGAUGGAAAAGAAAGUGGCUAUGGAAGAACCAGAAGCAAUAGUAUCGUCUACAUCUAAGGGUCCUCAUUCAUCCUUUCCAUCUCAGUUCUAUAUCUCUUCGCCAUUAUUUUCUAUGCCUUACAAGAAGGAAGAGAUUAACUUACUACAAAACUUUAAUCGGGAUGCUUUCACCCCCUGUGCUGAUGAGCAUAAAGUAGUACAAAGUAGAAACCAUAGUACUGAUGGUGCAGAUGCUGAAUAUAUAAAGCCAGAAUUUCAAUUGGAUAAUAAAAUGUUCAAAUCAAACUACUGUGCAAACAAUGCCGGGGCAGUUUCUCCGAACCUCAGGAGUAAAGCACAAAUUUUAGCACUUCUGAACAGGGAGCAAAAACCUUUGAAAGCUGUAGGGGAGGAAACUACUGCCUCAUUGAAAAAUCUAUCAUUGACAUUUAUUAAGUCGAAAUAUAAUCAGGAAGGUUUGCCUUUAUCUGUGCCAUCAAGAAGCCCAGUCAGUUUGUUCAAAGAGAAGAUAUCACCUCUGCAAGGAUGCACAAUGAAUACUAACAAAGAAACCACUGAACUCAUAGAGCCACUAAACACAGAAAAAAAUGUGCAGACCAAAAGCCGAUGGGAGGCAUACAUGCCAUCAUGUUUAGCAAAAGAGUCUCCUGAUAUAGAUGAUUCAGAACACCAUGGCAACAAUGCUAGCAGUCUGAAACCAGUUAAAAAGGAUUUAAAGGAGGAUGCUCCUGUUACUAGGAUCCAUUACAGUGAGGACAAUAAAUGGAUUGUACAAGUACCUGUUUCCUUGGAAAGCAACAUUUCUCUUGUUAAUAAACGUUCUGUCAAGAAACAACCACAUACCUUUGUACCAACUGAAUCCAUCAUGAGUAAAGAGGACACUGAAGUUGUGUCAUCUUUUAAUAGUAUUCAUUAUUCAAAUUGUACAAAUGCAUCAAAAACAUUUGAAGAUAAACUUCCCAAAUCCAAUAAACAUACAACGAUUGGUAACUUGCAAAAUGAAUCUGAUAAAAUGGUAUGUUCUGAACCUUUCUCAAAUGACUCUGUGUAUGAAGUUCUUGGUGAUUCAGAUAAACAAUUUACAGAGGUUAACUUCAAUCUGUUGGAAACAUUAGAUUUUAGUGACACGGAAGAGGGAGAGCUUCAUGUAAAUAGCAUGCUUUCACAACGCUCAAGACUUUUUAAAGAGGAAACUGAAAAACAACUUGAGGUCAACGUUCAAAAGAACUGUGAUGUAAAGGCAAGUAGUAGUGAGGGUAAAGAUAAUGUGCAGUCAGCAUUUCAACAAGAUAGAGAUAUAAUACAUAUCUCAGAGUCUCAGCCAUUGCAGUUUUGUGAUGAAAUUUCAGUAGAGCCUAACAAAAUGAAGGAAAAUGAUGUAAUUACUAAUUCUGUAAAAACCCUACAACAUUCAGAGGCUACAAUUGUUGAUGAAAAGAUAAAGGCAAAUGCAAUAGAUAUUCAAAAUGUAGAUGAUUACAGAGGUACUAGUAGAGACUUAUUAAUGGAAAAUGAUGUGGACUGUGACGUGAGUGACAGCGAGUAUCACAAUCAAACAACUCAACUUAGAAAAAACAAUAUGAUUCCAUAUGUUCCUAUUAUUUCAAAUGGGUACUUCAUGGAUGAAAAUGAUGGAGCAGUUAUGGAAGUUGGAGCAGAUAAUUCCCAACCUAGUUCCACAGGUAUUUGUGAUAAUGUGAAACCAUUGGCAUUCCCUGAAAAAUAUAACUGUUCUGAUAAUUUUCUCCAACAUGCUUCAAGCAAGCAGUAUUCUGCACCGGAAAAAAAUUAUGAUCUAGAUUUCAGGCCAAGUACUCAUCCCUUAAAUUGUGAGAUUUCGGAUAAAACAGAAAUGAGUAAAAAUGAAUUGGAAAAUGCAGCAUGUGUCUUGGAUUUUUUUCACAAAUUUAAUGAAGAUACAGAAAAGGAUUCGAUAUAUGUUAAAUCUUCAGAUGAUUCUUCAAAGUCCCCUCCAUUGGAAGAUGGUUUCAGACUGUUAAGAUCACUUACAGAACAUAGCACAGCCUUAGAAAGCCUGCAAAUGAUCGAGGAAAGCAUACCGUACCAGAGAGAAAGACUAAGAGAAAAACAAGAAUCAAGUGGACCUGAAGCUAAACAAAAGUUCGCUGAGGUUUCUUCUUCUGAAGAUGUGCAAAUAUCAUCUUAUGUGUAUUCUGGUUCUCCUAAAUUGAAUUCUUCCAUAAACACUGAUGAAAAGAAGCCCACAACAGCAACAAUAGAUAUGCUACAGGGCCACAUUCCUUUUGAAGUAGCUGAUAGUCAACAAAAGAUGUUAUCAACACAAUGGAUUCCUUCCGAGUUUUCUGGCUGUCAUUUCCCCACAAGUCCAAGCAGUAAAGAAACUGUGGUAGACAUGCAAGAACAGGAAUUCCUGAUGUCCAGGAUUGUUCCAGAUUUGUCUAUGGACAAUGAAAUAGACUUGCUCAGAAUGGAGGAGUCCAGCUGUCCAGAAAAUAAUGAUAUGUCUAAGCUCCUACCAAUAGCUAGAACACGAAUUCCAGUUGUGACUGUACCUGUAGAUGAAGAACUUCCCAACUCAGAAGUUUAUUCUAAUGGAAAGGCCUGUGAGGAAAUCCAGCAGUCCUUUGGUUUCUCAGUGGUCAAGUCAAAAAUGUUAAGGCCUGAGGACAGGAUGUGUGAAACUUUUGCAGGUGAAAAGUGUAUAGGAGAAAAACAAGGGGUGCUUACACAGUAUGCAUUCCCUAAUAUGUCUGAACAAAAGAGACAAAGCAAGUGGCAGAAAUACCAAAACAGAACUUGUAGUGAUUUGAGAACUCAAAACAGUAGUGAAAUGUUCAUGACUGAUGACAUCCGAGCUGAGAGUGUCUUAGGAAUGCCACUGGAUGGCACAAGAGAGAGUCAAAGUGAUGCCAUCAAUAAAAGUCCUCCAGACUCUGUGCAUCUACAGAUGAUGAAAAGCAUGCUUUGUAAACAGCAACGAAACUUUAGCAGCCAAGAUUCUGUUUCAGAAGGAAAGAAACUUUCUCUGCACUUCAGUCAGAAAUUUUCCACUGAGGAAGCACCAAAGAUUUUAGGUCAGCUGAACUGCUACACCAAGGUAUAUAACUAUUCACAGAAGAAUCUUCCUAAAAUAAACACUUCUGGACUGUCCUUUCCCAGUGCAGAAAUGGUAAUGUGUGCUAAUAUUCCUAAAAGGCAGAUAUAUGUCCCAGCUGAAUUUCAGUCUCCUGCACAUUAUAAGCAGAUUUUUACUACUGCAUUGACAGAACAUUUAAACGUAUUGCUGUUUGAGCUGUCACAAAAAUUACAUAAAGCUCUUGAGAAAGUGGAUAUAUCCUUCUAUACCUCCAUGAAAGGAGGUCAAGAACAUGAGAAUUCUGCACCACUCUGCAAACACAAAAUUGCAACUAAACUUGUUAUGGUUAAAAAAGAAGGCCGAAAUAAGGGGCGCCUUUUCUAUGCCUGUGAUGCUCCUAAGUCUGAUCGGUGUGAUUUUUUUAAGUGGCUAGAGGAUGUAAACCCUGGACAGAUAGAGAGUAGGCCUAGUGUUGCUCUUCAUGAUACAAAGAGCAUUGGAACUUACCUCAGGAGUCAAAAAAUUUCUCUCUAUGAAGAAUCCCAGCUUUUGAUGAGGAAAACCUUUGAUAUUCAGAGAAAACAAUUUGGUAAGCUGAAGAAAUUAAAUAUUGCAACGGCUAGCUUUGAUUGUGAUUCUAAAAGCAAAUUAUAUCUUAAGCUGAACCGAAAGGAGCACUCCUCUGUGUACAGCAAAGAUGAUCUUUGGGUUGUUUCCAGAACCCUAAUAUUUGAACCUUUGGACACUUUCAUUGCAUGCAGUGUUUUCUAUGGACCAUCCUCUAGCAAUGAAGUGGAGUUGGUGCCUCUCAAAGGUUACAGCCCUUCAAAUUGGUGCUCAAAUAUGAUUGUUCAUGCCUUGCUGGUUUGUAAUGCUAGCACGGAACUCACAACUUUGAGAAAUAUAGAGGAAAAUAUCAGUCCAACUUUACCAAUAAUGCAGCAUCUUCUCACAAAGACUGUCAAAGGAAUAUCUUAUAGUAACAAAGUCAAGAAACAAAAAUUUAAAUCACCAGCUUUAAACACAAAUAUAGUGGAUUCCGGACUCCUGAGUCAAGAAACAAUGAUAAAUCUGGCAAACAAGUUGAUUCAGACAUUUCAGCUAAAUAAGGAUCAGGCUAAGGCACUGCUUCAGAUAGGUGCCAUGAUGACAUCAGAAGAAAUUAAUACAGAAAUAGGAAAUCAGAAAGCCUUUCCUAUAACAGUAAUACAUGGUGUGUUUGGAUCUGGAAAAAGUUAUUUGUUGGCCAUUGUUACCUUAUUCCUGGUACAGAUCUUUGAAACCAGGGAAGCAAUUAAUGACAAAAGGUCAGUGCCAUGGAAAGUACUAAUCUCUUCUUCUACAAAUGUUGCUGUAGACAGAGUUCUGCUAUGCCUUCUAGAUCUUGGAUUUGAAGAAUUUAUUAGAGUGGGAAGUGUUAGAAAAAUUGCUAAGCCAGUCCUUCCUUACAGCUUGCAUGCUGGCUCAGGAACAGAAAAUGAGCAACUGAAAGAAUUGCUUUCCCUGAUGAAAGAAGAUUUAACCCCAGCAGAAAAAAUCUAUGUAAGGAAGACCAUUGAGCACCAUAAACUGGGUACGAACAAAGCUCUCCUGCAGCAGGUGAGAGUAGUGGGAGCUACCUGUGCAGCCUGCCCAUUCUCUUGCAUGAAAAAUCUUAAAUUUCCCAUAGUGAUUCUGGAUGAGUGCAGUCAGAUGACAGAACCCGCCUCUCUCCUUCCUAUUGCAAGAUUUGAGUGUGAAAAGCUUAUUCUGGUUGGAGAUCCUAAACAGCUGUCACCCACCAUUCAAGGGUCUGAAAGUGCACAUGGUAAUGGUUUGGAGCAAACCCUCUUUAACCGACUGUGUUUGAUGGGACAUGAGCCAAUAUUGCUUAGAAUGCAGUAUCGUUGUCAUCCUGUUAUCUCUGCCAUACCCAAUGACCUAUUUUAUGAGGGAAAUCUGUUGAAUGGCAUUUCUGAAGUGGAUCGAAGUCCUAUCAUAGACUGGUUACCGACACUAUGUUUUUAUAAUGUUGAUGGUUUUGAGCAGAUGGAGAGAGACAACAGUUUCCACAAUAUGGCAGAAUCUUUUUUCACUGUCAAGUUAAUCCAGUCUCUGAUUGCCAGUGGAGCAGAUGGAUCUCUGAUUGGGGUAAUAGCCCUCUAUAAGUCACAAAUGAGCAAGAUUUGUAAUUUGCUUGGUGCUGUACACUCAGAGGCUUCCCAAAUAAAAGCUGUCCAGGUGUCCACUGUUGAUGCUUUUCAAGGUGCAGAAAAGGAAAUCGUUGUCUUGUCUUGUGUAAGGACAAGACAAGUUGGCUUCAUAGAUUCAGAAAAGAGAGUGAAUGUGGCACUGACGAGAGGGAAGAGGCAUUUAUUGAUAGUGGGAAAUCUUAAGUGUUUAAGAAAGAACAAACUAUGGGGAAGUAUCAUUCAGCACUGUGCAGGAAGAAAAAAUGGAUUACAGCAUGUUAGCCAGUGUGAGCAACAGCUAAAUGAGAUUAUUAAAUCUUGCUUGGAAAAGAAGGAGGAGGAAGAAAAAAACACACACAAGAAAAAAUCUAGAAGUAAAACAUUUUCACAAAAAACAAAUGAAUAAAAAUGUGCUCUCUGGGUAAAUUGUGUAAGAUAUCUUGGAAAUCACAGGUAAAUACAGUUGUGGUUUUUUAUGUCCCACCAAUAUUCCAAUAUGCUAACAUGUAAUAAAAGGCUUGAUAACCAAGUUAUUCCCAGUCAAAGAUGUCUUUAGAAGCUGUCAUUCCUUUUCAACAUGCUUCCCCCUGCCCCCCUCCCCCACAGCAAUAUGUGGUUAUUUUAAUUGUUGUACUGAUGUCUACAUAUUCCAGAGUAGAAUAAAGUCAGGAUUUUUAAAUUA